CUUUGAGGGCGGAGCCGGAGAACCAGACCCGUGAUCGCCAUUGGUUUGCUGAUACGUGAACACACGUCGUUGCAGAGCUGACCGACCGUCCCAAGUCGAUUCCCAGGUUGACCAGAACCAGGAUAAGAUGGGAAAUCUGUCGCUGCCCGGUGGCGUAGGUGUAACACACCUGGAUGAGUGCAUGGAUGAAAGUGCUGCUGCACAGCUCAGCUCGGUUCCUGGGGGCUUGAUGCUUGCCUGCCAUGGAUGUACAGCAGCCUGCAUAGUUGUUCCAGUCUUUUCAGGACUAAUGCAGCAGUGUCUGAAGAAAUCAGAGGAGGGAAGUUCAAGUUAAAGAGGAUUGGUAAGCGCAUAGCUUAUUACUACAGUCCAUCCCCAGGGUCAGGAGAACAGGCAACAUGUCCUGCCAAAGACUCUCAAACCUCCACCAGUCUGGACCCAAUCUCAUGUUCUUCAACUCUGCCCUUCAGGGAUGUCUCUUCUGCAGAUCCCUCCUCGCCUCUGUUGCUCUCAGAUUCACCUUCACGCACACCUGCCUCCUCCCAAAGCCAAUCACAUUGUGCCUCCACUUCCCGCCCGCUUCUUGUUUUCUUCUCCUGGCUUCAUGCCCAGCCAGGGUCAGUGACCAAGUACAGGGACCUAUACCUGGACCGUGGCAUGGAUGUCCUCGUGGUCCAGAGCAGUGUGAUGUACUUCCUGUGGCCCCGCUGGGGGCUCGACUAUGGACUGGAGGUGUUGAAAGUUCUCGAGGAGCCUCAAUUCUUAGAGAGGGUGGUGCUGAUCCAUGCCACCUCCAUUGGUGGCUUCACCUUCACACAAGUACUUCACCACGUUACUCAGGCACCGGAAACACAUGUAGGCCUGAACCAGAGGGUGAUAGGGCACAUCUAUGACAGCUUGGUGAUUGGCAGUCUGGAGCACAUGGCAAUAGGGCUUGGCAAGUCUCUAGUGCCAGCUUUAGAGUGCUUCAUCAAAAAUGCUGCCAUGCUUUACUUCUGGCUCUUCAAAACCCACACAGCAGACAUGUAUGAAAGAAGCAUCCAGCUUUUCCACAACAGCCCAAUUACUGCACCGGCCUUCUUCUUUUUCAGUGAAAACGAUCCUCUGUGCAAUUCAUCUGCCCUUGAAAAGUUGAUUGACCUCUGGAAGGAGAGGGGCGUGGCUGUGGAGAGCAGGAAGUGGAAGGAGUCUACACAUGCAGCCCACCUGCGAUGUCACCCAGAUGACUAUCUCUCUGCGCUGGAAAAAUUCUUGACAUCACUGCCCAUUUCCUACCUCAAAGCAAAAAUGUAAACUGUUGGGGUAGUAAAAGUCUGAUUUGCCUGUAUUUUAAAACUGUAACAUGCUUUAUGAUUUCAGAGAGAAGGCACUUUAUCUUACAGCAGUGACACUAUUAUCACUAUAAAGAAUUUAACUGAUAUUUUUUCUCUUCUUUAAAGCAUUGUCAUUUGUUUAACUUUGCUAUUUUGCUUUUAACUAGGGCUGCAUACUUAAAAUAUUAAUAUGGAGCUUACACCACAUGAAGCUUGUUUUGCAUAGGAGUGUCUGAUAUUAAACCAAGACAGACAAUAUACAAAUAAAACAAGCUCAAAUGUGAAUUGCACUGUUCCAAACAGUGCCUCUGACUUUUUUUUCCCCCAGUUUAUUUCAUCAGGUGACCACCAACAUAUUCAAAGAGUGUACAUUGAUUGGGUUUGCAUAGUGCAUGAGGGAAUUUGUUUGUGACAGGUCGGGCAGCAAGCUA